AUGAUCAAUAUUAUCCCCAGAAUCGUUUCCCGGGAUAACAACAGCAAUAACGAUGGCCUCUCCACGCCCAUGGUCGAUCUGCUGAUCGCCCUCCUCGUGUUGAUCUUGAUUGCCCUCGCCCUCGUCGGUGGUCUCCUCAUCAUCCGCCGCAAACGCCAGGCCCAGCAAGACUCCCUCCUCCCCGUUCACAAUGGUCAAGCUCCCCCUCGCUCCCGCCGCUUAACUAUUACCACCAACAAGACCGACUCGGUACUCGUGUAUGACGAAAAGCGAAGCUUGAUGGAGAACUCCGACAGCCCCCCACCCAGUCCCGUCCCUGAGAUUCGUAUUACUUUCCCCGAAGAGGAAGACGCGUCUGGCAAGCGCCAGUCUGGUCGCAUGGUUGUCGUACGCAUCAGUGAUGCCGGCAGCAUCGGCCUCGAACCGUGUCAUGAGGAUCUGCCCCCGUACCAAUCCAAUGAUACCGGUCGCUUCCAGUCCCUCGAUCUCGAGCGCAUGGGUGGACUGAAGGAGAAGACAGACCACUACUCUUAA